UAAAGUGUAGCAAAUAACUCCUUAUCAACUCACUAUCUCUUUAAACCUUCGCGGCCCUUGAGCCUCUUGAAUCAUUACUGUACCGUUAAGAAGCUCGCACCAAUCGUUUACUGAUCUUACUCACUGGUAUCACUACAAAAUCCUUGUCAACUUAGGACUGUCUGUGUACAGUGCGUGCAAAGCACAGAGCAUCGACCUCGGAACACCUUCGUGCUUCAGAAUCCAUGGAUCUGCGCAAGAACACAUUUAAGAUUUUAACAACGAAUGUCUAAGUGACAUUAGAUGAUUUAUCUGUUAGAGACGCCACCUGCCCUGUGAGUCAAGGUGGUGGUCGAAGUGCUAGAAACAAUAUGCCACAGAGUGAUGAGACCACUACAAAUGCUAAGGAAAAUGGCAAUGUGGGACCGGAUACAGCUGUCCAACAUGGACCUCCGGAACUUGAUGAUUUUGGAUUACCCCUCAAGAAGAGAGUUGUUCCAGAACCGGUAGCAUAUGAUGUUGAAUCGGAGAGCGCCAAAUCAGAGGAUAAAUCCAAUGUCCCGGAAGAUCGGAAUGUUGAAUCCGAAGACAACGGAUUGAAGAAUGCUGGUGUUGCUAAGGGGAAUGCAGAGGAGGCGGAUGUUGUAAAGGCUAAUGGUUCGGCUGGAGAAGGGGAAUUUAAGGAUGCUCAAAAGACGCUAUUGCCUGUAACAUCGAAUCCAGAGCUCCAAGGACCUCGCGAUACAACUCAGAAUAAUGAAUUACCAGUCCAUGGACACCCGACCCCUCAAGAAACAAUCAAAGAACUCGAUCCUAUAAGCAAAGAAGAUCUGGCGAAAUUCUCGGAACCUGCGGCAUCCGCAGAAGUAACAAAACCUAAAGAAGACUUGGACAAGAGCAGUGUCAACAACAAUAGGGAUGCGGUUCGCACGGCGGACGAUAGACAUAGUCAGGCAAUUCAGGGAAUAUCAGAAUGGUCGCAUCAACAUACCACAGUACCUGCUCCACAGAGCCCGCCUCAAGAAGAAGAUGAAUGGCAAACAAUGCCAGCUUAUGCCCCAUACGAUAUUUACGAUGAUGAUAAUAGGUUAAUUGCGAGGGAGGCCCAUGAUUCUGAGGAUGAGGGUGAUGCAUACGCAGGUUUGGGUGGCGCCGGUAGAGGAUAUACCAGAGUACAACUCGAUGAAGAUGCUCAAUCUGCGACAAGUCUGGAUGAAAACACACAAUACCUUUUCAAGGAUGUCCAUGGUACUGGAGCUGGAGAAGCGGAGGACGAGGAGCAGCGAGAUGCACUUUCUCAAAUGCAAGCCACUAAAGAUCUUUUGACCGAAGGGCAAAGAAUUGCAUAUGUUGGAAUGACUCGACUUAUAUUAUCUAAAAUGCUUGAACAGCAGGAAUUAUUGGUAGCAGCCAAGAAAGGAAACAAAAAAGAGCUACAGAUUUCAGCAGAGGCCAUGAAGAUGUGGACUCAAAAAAUGAUGGUGCGACUAUAUGCGCAUAUGGAAAUUAGCACGGAUGAGCAGAUCAUGAUUGAGCAAUUAGCUGAACAUGGAGUAGUUCCUUCGGAUUUGACCGGGACUCUCAUGCAGAAUGCACGAGUAAAGAAUCCUAUGGCCGAGAAAACUCAUUCGAGCAAAGGUUCAGUGUCUUCGAGUAGAAGUCCUAGAGAUUCCGUCUCAUCUCCGCGAAUAGCUCGACAAUCUAUACAGUCUCCACGGUUACCACAAUCACCUUCAACUCCACAAUACCCUCGGCGGAAUGAGGAUGAAGAAUCAGCUGCACUACCUCCACCAUAUCAAGAGCAGAACGGCGAAGAUUUACCUGAAGUUCGAACUCCUUCGCAGCUUCCCACUACCAAGAAUAUUGAUAUCGAUCUCCGUUGGACUGUCCUUUGUGAUCUAUUCUUGACGUUAAUUGCAGACUCAGUUUAUGAUGCAAGAUCCAGAACUUUAUUAGAAAAGGUUGGCGAUAAUAUGGAAGUUUCCUGGUUGGAAAUUUGUCGUUUUGAGAAAAGGGUGACUGAUGCAUUAGAGAUGCAACAAGCAGCCGAGAAGGAGAACUGGAACGAGGACGACCAUAAAGAAAACAGAAGAAAAAUGGCUCUCAAGAAGAGAUAUUUAAUGAUGGGUCUUGCUACUGUUGGUGGAAGUUUAGUUAUAGGACUUUCCGCAGGUCUCUUAGCACCUGUUAUUGGAGCAGGUCUCGCUGCUGGUUUUACAACAAUAGGUGUAGCAGGUACUAGUGGAUUCCUUGCUGGUUCCGCAGGUGCUGCUAUUAUCACAACGGGUGCCGCAACUUCAGGUGGCUUCAUUGCAAUCAAAGCUGCAAAUCGCAGAACUGGAGCUGUCAAAACUUUCGAAUAUAGACCACUGCAUAAUAAUAAGCGAGUCAACUUGAUUAUUACCGUCUCUGGAUGGAUGACGGGUAAAGUCGAUGAUGUACGAUUACCAUAUAGUACUGUUGAUCCGAUUAUGGGAGAUAUUUAUUCAGUACUAUGGGAGCCGGAAAUGCUUACGAGUAUGGGAGAUACUAUUAAUAUCCUGGCAACUGAGGUGAGUUGAGUUGCCUAGAAUACUUGAUAAAUACUAAUCCAUUGUAGGCUCUGACUCAAGGUCUUCAACAAGUUCUUGGAAGUACCAUCCUCAUUGGUUUAAUGUCUGCUUUACAAUUGCCAGUCGUUUUAACUAAGCUGUCAUAUCUCAUCGACAACCCGUGGACGGUUUCUCUUGACAGGGCAAAUGCCGCAGGACUUAUUCUUGCAGAUUCACUUAUUGAUCGAAAUCUUGGUACCAGACCAAUCACUUUUGUGGGAUAUUCCCUUGGCUCCAGAGUCAUUUUCUCAUGUCUGAAAGAACUCGCCAAGAAAGGGGCAUACGGACUAGUUCAGAAUGUUUACCUAUUUGGUUCGCCUAAUGUUGUGAACCAGGAUGAUUACUUGAAGGCCAAGUCUGUUGUGUCUGGUAGAUUCGUCAACGGAUACGCAAGAAAUGAUUGGAUUUUAGGAUAUCUUUUCCGUCUCACUAGUGGUGGUAUCAGACGUGUAGCAGGACUUGCACCUAUAGAAAAUGUCCCUGGCAUAGAAAAUGUGGAUGUCACUGAACUAGUACCCGGACAUAUGGCAUAUCGUACGGCCAUGCCCAAACUUCUUCGAGAAGUAGGAUGGGAGGUUGAAAGCGAUGAAUUUAAUGAAAUCGAAGAUCCAGAUCCCGAUAAUCAUGCUGAGAGACAGAGAGAGCUCAUUAAUGAGAUAGAAGAAGCUCGAAAAGAACUUGAGAAAAAGGAGAGGGAAGGAAAACAAAGAUUUAGUUUCUUUGGUCGCAAAAAGAAAUCAGCUGUCGAGCGUAAAGAAUGGGAAACGUACGAUGAAAUUUCAAAGAACGAGCAUGGUAGUGAACCGAGUCGAUCUGUAAUAGAGGAUGGGCAAGGGAACAAUCAUGGGGUACUCUUUGAUAUUGAUGCUAUUCGUGCAGAGGUCGCUAGUGGCGUUGCUACUGGUAGUACGAGUGGCCAGCAUGUAGAAGUCAAGGAACUCAAAUCUACGCUCCCGCCCAUGAAACUCAAAUUUGGAUCCUCUUCAAACAGUAAUCCAUCCAGUCCACGCAAUUCUCUUCGACCAACAAAAAGCGACGAUGCGGCUGGCAUACUAAAUUCCCAUGGUUAUCGUUCACCAAGCCAUUCUCCACGUCCUUCUAAUGGAUUUGCAUCGAGCUCGACGUAUUCAUACUCGAAUUCUCAUUCCAAACAGGAUCUUGCAAGGAAUUCUCCAUAUAUGAUACAGGAACCCGAAGAAGAAUUAGAAAUGACGUUUGAUACGGCAUAUCAUUCACCACCUCAUUCGGCGAAUGUAAGUAGUACGAGAUUACCUGAGAGAGGGCACACGAGUUUUCAUUCUUUGGGACAUGUUGCGAGUGGUAGUGGUGAUGGUAGUUCAUUUGGAGGAGGUUUCGAUGGAAUGCGUAGCGCAAGACCGGAAUAUAAAUCGUCGAGUACGUUACCUGUUGGACUGGGUGUUGGAGGGUUAGGUGCGGGAGUGGGGUUGGGAUUAGGGGUAGGGGUAGGGGCUGGAAUGACAUAUGUGGCGGAGAAAAAUGCAUGGGCGGAUGAUGAUGAGGAUGAAUUUGGGGGUGGGGGUGAGGAGGAAAUCGAAAUGACUUUUGCAUAAUGGAUUUUUGGUGGAGGUGGUGGGGUUUUACAUGUAGGCCUGGUGGGCUUUAUUGUGUAUGGGAUAGGUUGCUGGAAAUAUGGAAUGUGGAGCGAGGGAGAAAAAUGAAGGAAGAGGGAGAAAAGAAAAUUGGAAGGAAGGGAAAGAAAGAAGGAAAGAUAUAGAAUUUUUGUGCAUUUCUUGUGCAUACGUGAAUAUAUGGGGUAAAGGCGGGCAUGGAUGAAGAAAGUAUAGAUGGAUGGAUAGAUGGAUGGAUUGAGUGAAUGAAUGAAUGAGGAAGUAAGACGGGCUCAUUAGGUAAACCUAGGUACUUACCUACCUACAUAGCAUAAUGGUGUUUAGCGAUUUGGUGUUGAUAUAGAUAUGGAUAUUGAUAUUGUUUUUGGGGCUCUCUCUCUGUGUGUGUGUGUGUGUGUGUGUUUGAGAUUGAAAUUUUUAACCAUAAAUUCAUUUCACACCAUAUCUCGACA